GGAAGAAGUCUUCAGCGGCAGUCAUGGCGCCAUCAAGUGGCCAUCAACUGCUCCCCAAAAUCUGGCGGGUCGCUAGAUUCGCCUUCGAAAAAGCAACCAGGGCCGUCAAGUCUAGAGUUACAGAACCAGUUGAACCUGCUCGUCUUGCUUACCAGCCCAUAUAUUCUCGCAUAUCCCGUCGCCAGCCAGUCAAUAGGAUAGCUGCUAUCCGUCAGACGCAAAGUCGUUAUUAUUCCACUUCAAACGUCGCUGCUCGCUCUGUUAGACGCGCAUUCCAAGCAACAAGAAUUGGCGCAGCGGUUAACCGUCUGACUACACGAAGUCCCUUCGCAUCAACCCUCCGACCCAAUCUCACAGGUGGUACACUAUGCCGAACUGCUGGCGGAUAUGCACUCGGUGCGGGACGUCUUGGUGGCGCGAGAUACUUCUCUAAUGGCCCGGCGUGCCCAGCACAAGUUGUUCAAAAUGUAUCCGCUGGAGUUCGCGCCUUUUGGCUUUCGGGCCAGAGAGCCAGGUUUGAUGGGGUAGAUCAAAAAACUGGCCGGAAGCAGUACCGGACAGUAACGGUUCUCCAGGAUGAGGCGGGUCGCAGAAUGCAGGGAAUCCCUCGAAACGCCCCUGGGUCUUACAUUGAUUUUAAACUGUCCCCAACGAUCACUACAUUUGCGCGCUUGGCAUCCCUACAAAAACCAUCCGUUGCUGAUACUAUUGAGUCGGUUAACUUGAAUACUGACAACUUGAUGGACUUCCUUUCCAUCGACUUCGCUCGUGCGUUGAAGGAUUUUGCCGCAGUUUUGAAUGAUUUGAAGCGACUUGCGACACUAGGAGACUUGCCGUUAUCGCUCCACGAUCAAUCUACCUUACGGGUACGAUUUCCCGGCUGCGAUGUGGAAUCUGUCGAACGCUUAUGUGACGAAGUAGGCGUUCAAAGAGGCAUCAUCCGCCAGGAUGAGGAUUUUGAGACACGAAAUGGAACUGAAAUGGCACUUUUGUUUCCAUUUGCGCCCAGCCACGUAGAAUCUGAUCCAGAACUGUUUUCAGUCGCUAACUACCGCCAUAAAUCUCCCGAUAUGUUGAACUGGCGCCAUAUGAUGCUUUCCGAGGAACUGACAGAAUCCUCACCUGGUAUAACUGGCCAAGACUAUCAUUUUUUGGGAAAUGACGAAUAUAAUCCAUGGAACUCUUCUCGAAUAUCGUCAGGGUACUCUAGCAUGAGCAUCAGCGAGUUAGGUGAUCGCGCCCUUUUUCCCGACUUGGCAGAAACAGCGUCUCCUGCCGCUAAUUUUUCUCACUACGGCGGUUUCCAAGGGAUUUUCAACUUUAUUGAAGAGUGUGAUCGAGCGAAAAACUAACCACCCACGGCUUCCGCAGCAUUUUUUCAUUUAUUGUUUGUUUUGCUAGUUUUGCUAUUUUUUCUGUCCAGAACUAUUUUUCUAUGAAUACUAGUAUCUUAUACCAAAGAGUGAAUAUGCCAAAUAUAUCCAACACCUGAAAUGAGAGUCUCCUAUUUGUAACUUUG